GAAGAAUUUUGGUAUCAUCACACAGGAUAUUUUACUACUUUGCAGAUCAGUGACCUGUUUCUCCAUCACCUCUGAUUAUGGCUGACUUUGACGCGGUGCUGAAAUGCUGGGGUCCAGUGGAGGCAGACUACUCCGGUUUUGGGGGCCUGGUUCUGACCCGUUUGUUUAUCGAGCACCCAGAAACCCAGGAGCUGUUCCCAAGGUUUGCCAACAUCGCCCAGGCCGACUUGGCUGGUACCGCAGCUAUUAAUGCUCACGGUGCCAUUGUGCUGGAGAAACUUGGGCAGCUGCUGAAGGCCAGAGGCAACCACAGUGACAUCCUCAAACCUCUAGCCAACACCCAUGCCAAAAAACACAAGAUCACCCUGAAAAACUUCAAGCUGAUCACAGAGGUCCUUGCUAAAAUCAUGGCAGACAAAGCAGGACUCGAUGCCGCCGGGCAACAAGCCCUGAGGAACAUCAUGACCACCGUGACUGCUGACAUUGGGGCCGAGUACAAGGUGCUGGGCUUCGACGGCUGAAGAUUAAAGUCACGCAAAGUUGUGCCAGGGUCAGAAGACAGAUAAGAAUAUAUUCCACAUUAAUAACAUUAAUAUAUUCCGAAUUAAACUCCUUUAAAUGAAACACAAUGUAUAAUAAAUUUUGUCAUUAUUGCGUUAAAUUGCAUUUAAUGGUGCUUAUUUUCUGUUACUGUGUGUACUCCUGUAACUAAUCAGUAAUAAACAUUUUUUAUUUUCGUUCACUACGAUUAAUCUUGUCCAGGACUCUUGAUGAACAGCAAACUGUAAACUUUUGUUGU